AUGAAUAAAUUAUUUCGUUUUGCAAAAGUGAUUGCAAGAUCAAUUUAUAAACCUGCUUAAAAAACUCUCUAUAGAAUUCCAUAGAUUAAGCAAGUUCUUAAUGAUGACCAUCGUUAGAAAUCCUAAUUUAAUACACUGGCAUUCUAAAAUCACUUACAGUUGAUUUAAGUCUAGAAUUAAGAACAAAUUAAAUAGAAAUUCUAAGUUGGCCUCUCAGAAUUAGCCAAAAUAAAUGCUUAGCUAUUGAAGUAAACUAAUUACGUCAGGUUUGCCGGGGACUUUAGUCCUUGUGUUAACCCUGAGUAGUUUAUUCAUGCGUUGUAGAUUUAUAGACAAGGGGCUUUGGCUUAGUUCUAUAGCAUUGACGAUUUAGAGACCAUUAACAGUGUUUAUCAAUCAGACUCCGAAUUUGAGUUUUAGGAUAGCCAAAUAUUAUGAAUAACCUAUUAGAUAUACUUAUAUUUAUAAUAAUAUUUCACACAAAAAGA